AUGAAGAAUUUUUGUUUAACUAAAGGAAAAGUAAAGAAUGUAAUUAACUACGCGAUUUUAUUAUGUAUAUAUAUAAUAAUAUGGAUACUACUAACUUUAUAUUGUUUGUUUAAUAAGUUAAAGAGUUAUAUUAUAAGCUUACAACUAAUAUGUAAAUAUAUUAUUAUACAAAUUGUCAAAUGUAAUAAUGUGAACGAUUUAAAUUUGAAUAAUUUAAAAAAUAAAAGUAAUAAAAAUUUUCAAUUUUUAAAGAAUAAAAUAUAUAAUAUAUUUUAUAAUUGUCUUUCUAGAAAAAAUGAAAAGCAUGAUGAUAUUUUUAAAAUAUAUAAGAAUAUUAACAAGGUACCUAAACACAUAUAUAUAGUAUUUAAAAUAAGUGAUUUAAUAAUAUUGAACAGUGAAAAACUUAUAAAUCAUAUCGUUAAUAUAUUAAUAUAUUUGUAUGAAUUUAAAAUUGAGCAUGUAACCAUAUAUGUAUCUGAUCAUUUUUUCGAUUAUAUAUUUUACUAUGAUUUGUUUAAAUACUUAUAUAAAAAGAAUUUCUACAUGAAAUGUGUUAUAAAAGAGAAUAACAUAAGUAACAAUAAUAAUAACUUUAUUAGUAGUAAUGAUAAAUGUAAUAAGAAAAAUUAUUUUUCUUGUAAUUAUAAUAACCAUAUUUAUGAUACAAAUAAAUCGUUUCAAUGUUAUCAUCAUACAGAUGAAUUUGUCAUAACAAAAUUUUCUCUCCCGCAAAAUAUUCCUCCUCAAGAGAAUUCGAGUCCAGAAUUAUUUUACCGAAAAAGGAAAAACAAAGAAAAAAUGAAUAGUAAUAAGAAUAAAAAAGGUAAUUACAAGGAUGAUCAUAUGAAUAGUUAUAAGGAUGAUCAUAUGAAUAGUUAUAAGGAUGAUCAUAUGAAUAGUUAUAAGGAUGAUCAUAUGAAUAGUUAUAAGGAUGAUCAUAUGAAUAGUUAUAAGGAUGAUCAUAUGAAUAGUUAUAAGGAUGAUCAUAUGAAUAGUUAUAAGGAUGAUCAUAUGAAUAGUUAUAAGGAUGAUCAUAUGAAUAGUUAUAAGGAUGAUCAUAUGAAUAGUUAUAAGGAUGAUCAUAUGAAUAGUUAUAAGGAUGAUCAUAUGAAUAGUUAUAAGGAUGAUCAUAUGAAUAGUUAUAAGGAUGAUCAUAUGAAUAGUUAUAAGGAUGAUCAUAUGAAUAGUUACAAGGAUGAUCAUAUGAAUAAUUACAAGGAUGAUCAUAUGAACAAUUACAAGGAUGAUCAUAUGAAUAAUUACAAGGAUGAUCAUAUGAACAAUUACAAGGAUGAUCAUAUGAACAAUUACAAGGAUAAUCAUAUGAAUAGUUAUAAGCAUAAUCAUAUGAAUAAUUAUCAUAGCACACAUUUUAGUUAUGAUAAAUUUUCCCUUCAUCUCAAAUUUUUAAACAAAGAUAAAUCACACAAGCACUUGAUCAAAAUCGCAAAGGAAAAAGGAAAUAUGUUAUCAGAAGGUGUAUUAAUAAAUGACAUGUUAAAUUUUUCAUAUACAAACAUAGAAUCAGUGAUAGAAAAAAUAUAUCAAUUAGAUAAAAAUUAUAAUAAUAAAUACACAGAUAAUAUUAAAAAUAUUAAAAAAACUGGGAACAUACUUUUUUAUGUAUUUUAUUUUUUACAACAAACAAAACAUAUAUUCUUAUUAAAAAUGAAUUGUUUAUAUUAUAUGCUAUCAAAAAAUAUAUUGUUAAAAGUGUUAUCAAAGGAUAAUUUAAGAAAUUAUUCAUAUAAUAAUAUAUACAGAAAUGUAUAUUAUAUAUGGAAUAUAUUAAAAUCACCUUUUUCUUUUCAUUCAAAAUAUAUAGAAAAAGAAAUAAACAAUAAAGAAAAAGUAAUAGCAAAAACUAAUGAAAGUAAAAAUAUAACUAUAAGUAUUAUACAUAAAUUAUUCAAUAAUGUUAUUACACAAGAUGAAAAAUGUAUAAAGAAUAUUAAAGAAUUAAUAAAUAAAAAUAUCCCUAUGUAUGUUAAACCAAUAUACCAAGAUUUAUUUAACCAUAAUGUUCAUACACUAUUCAAUCCUACAAGUGUUGAUAUAGUCAUAUCUUUAAGACUUAGUUUAUCUGACUAUCUUAUUGAAAUAUUUCAUUUGUUUUAUCACAAAAAAUAUAAUAUAAAAAAAUUAAACCCUUUCCAUUUUUUUAUGCAAUAUAUUAGUUCCUUUCUAUUUUUAUAUAAAGUCGUACAUCCUUUUGAACAAAAUGGAAUACAACCAUGGGUUCUAUCCAAUUCUGAAUUAUAUGAAUUUUAUGGUUAUCAUAUUAAUUCAUUAAAAAAAUCUAUACUAUAUUAUAAUAGGUCUACACAAAGGUGUGGCCACUAA